AGAAGAGGAGAGAUAUAUACUCAGGUUCACCACGCGUGCGCUCUCCCCCUCCCUCUUUUUCUCCUGGAGACGACUGUGCGACCGCCGCCGCCGACCUACGCCAGGUUCCCCGGUUUUCGCCGGGCGCUUCGCCGGCGACGAGCUGACGAGCACCCACCGGUGUAUAUUUGUAAACCUAUAUGUCCUUUACUGGUUCCGCCCCUGGUUGAUUCCAGCCCUGUUCAGGAGUGAUGGGGAAGAAGGUGAAGGCUAAGCCCAAGAACUCGCGGAAAGCGCAUGAACGGGAUCUUCCAGCCUCAUCCUCGGAGGUUGGACCUGGUGAUGCGGCAUCGCAGGAUGCAAGCCACUCAGCAGAGGAAGCAGCUGCUUCAGCUAGUGGCCGGGAGCAUUGCGGCCACUACGGUCAUGACAAUGCUCACUUGGACAAGGUCCUCCUGGAGAUCUUGUCUUCCAAGCAUGUUGCGUCAUGUGAGCACUGCCGAGAAGAUGCCCCAAGAAAGAAAGGUGGUGCUGUGGGUAAGCAGAAGAAGAAAGGAGGCACCUCCAAAGGCGCUACUGCCAAGGCGCAGGCGAAGGCGGAUAAAAGUGAUACGUGGGUCUGCUUGGACUGUGGUCGGCAUUUUUGUGGUGGUGCAGUAGUGGAUACCAAGCCCUAUGGCCAUGCCAGACGGCAUGCUAAGCAGGACCGGCAUUGGUGGGCUGCAAGGUAUGAUGACCCAACAGUUGCUUAUUGUUUGUCAUGUGAAAAGGAGGUGUCAAUUGAGAUGCCCAAAUUAGAGACAGUUGUUGCAGCAGCAGUGGAAGAUAAGGUGGUUGAUGCAGAGGAUACUGAUUCAUGGCGUUUGAUUAACCCCGAUGCUAAUGUGAUCAAAGGGCUGCCGAAUCUGGGAAAUACAUGUUUCUUCAAUGCAGUGCUGCAGAGCCUCCUCGCGGUUGAUAGGCUGCGCAGGAAGAUGUUAGGACCAGACGUUCGUACGGGGGCCCUUGCUAUGUCACUGAAGAAGCUUUUUGCAGAGACAAGUGCUUCAAAUCAUGCAGGAGGUGCGCUAAGCCCGAAGAACCUCUUCUCAAGCAUUUGCUCAAAAUAUCCACAGUUUAGGGGCUACCAGAUGCAGGAUAGCCAUGAAUUGCUCCGUUGUUUUCUUGAUGGUUUGCGUACAGAGGAAACUGAAGCACGGAAGCUAGAGGAGGAAGCUUCAGAUGCAGGGGUUCCCACAAUUGUGGAUUCCAUUUUUGGGGGUCAGCUGUCUAGUACUGUGUCCAGCACAGAAUGCUCACACAGUUCUGUUAAACAUGAUCAAUUCCUUGAUCUCUCACUACCAGUUCCAUCAAGGAGGCCUCCAACCAAGAGUGUUUCAUCACCACCAGCAAAGAGGACCAAACAAUCCAUACGAGAUAGGAAUAAAAGCCGCAGAUAUGGGAAGGUUCCAGCUCGAGCAUCUCCUUCAGUAGAGAGUAAAGAACAGAUCCAAACAAUUGCUGAGCGUAACAAUUCCCAAAUUCCUGGUUCAGAACUCGAACAGGUAGUCAGCGUCAGCGAGAAAGAGGCUGAGCCCUCUGGAUGCAGUGAGUCAUGUGGUUCUGUGUCUAAUCAAGAACAAAAUGCCACUACAAAUGUGGAGAAUAGCAUCUGCUGGUUGGAUUAUGUCGCCGAUGUGGAUGAAACAAAAUCCGAGAUUCUUGAUUCUGCAGAUUCUACUGGAACAGGACAAAUUUGGGAAUGCAGGGAUGCAACAGAUGGUCCCUUGCACCCUCAGGAUGAUGCUCUACCCAAAGAGCAGAUCUUGGGUUCUGAGCACUCAGGCGAGAACACUGUUGAUGAUGAUGCCUCCUUACAGACUGUUAUCUUACUUCCUUACAAAGAACUUGGUACCACUGCCAAGGAAAGGGAUGAAACCAUUGAAAAUUCAUAUAAUUCAGAAUGUGAAGUUCCUCCUCUAGUUGUUGUUUCUCCAGUAACGGAAAAUAAUACACAACCUGGAUAUUGUGGAGAUGUGGAGCAAGAUGACUAUAUUGGUCUUGGUGAUAUGUUCAAUGAACCGGAAGUUACUUCUGAAGUCAAGAAAGAAGCUAGCAAAGUAGAAGAUAUUGAUGUAAUGGCUUGGAGUAGUAACAGUGCUGAUGAUGAGGUAGAUGAUAGUAAUGCUCCUGUAUCAGUUGAGGGCUGCUUGGCUUUGUAUACUGAACCAGAGCUGCUGUCUGAACCAUGGCUGUGUGAGCACUGCACUAAUGCUGCACGCAUAAAAGUUGAUGAAAGAAAAAAUGUCAUGGAGAUGACUGACGGAGCUAAUGAAAUAAAGGAUGGUGAGGAGAUGAUGGCAGGUGGUGAUGGAAGAAAAGAUGGUAAGAAGUUGAUCGUGAGCUGCAGCAAACAGGAGGGCAUUGAUCAGGUUAUGGGAACUGAUGGUUGCAAAAAGGACAUUGAUCAGAUUAUGGCAACUGUUGAUUGCUCUGACAAUGUACAUUCUGAUAUGCAUUGCAAGGAAGCUAGGUGUGUUAAUACUUCUUUGGCUGACCCUCAACAAAACUGUGAUUGUAAUUUUCCAGACACAGAAAAUACUUCUAUGCAGAGAUCUGGUGCACUCUUCACUAUGAAUGAGACUGAACAGUCAAGCAAUGAGACCAGCCACAAGGAACAGUGUAUGGAUUUGAAAAGAUUAGAACUUGAGUCCUCAUCUUUGAAUAACCAACAUGAUUCACCUAUCCAAUAUAAUGAUGGUCAUAAUGUGGAUAUAACCGCUAAAGCAGCAAGUGCACCACUGAGUUGUGGUGGUGAAUCCGAGUCUUGCAAUGCAACUAACAAUGUUGAAGCUCCACCUGUUGGUGAUACUGAAGAAGUUGUGUCGAGUAGCCUUCCAUCAGAUGCACAAAAAACCUUGCUUGGUGCAAAAGAUAAUGAAGAUGCCAUCACAAAGAAUCAGGGCAGGAGGAAGCGAAUGAAGAUGGUUGGUAAGGCACAGUUAGAGCAAGAUAACCAAAAUAAGCAGAAAGAUGAUGAGACAAAGGUUUUCAGAGCUGCAUUGAGAAGAAUUCUUAUAAGCAAGGCUCCACCUGUAUUGACGAUUAACUUGAACAGAUUCAGCCAAGAUUCUCAUGGUCGAUAUAAAAAACUGAAAGGACAUGUGCGCUUUAAGGAGAUGCUUGAUAUACAACCAUUCAUGGACCCAAGAUGUAACGAGAACACCACCAGCACCUAUCGUCUUGUUGGUGUUGUCGAGCACUUGGGAACCAUGACGGGAGGUCAUUAUAUUGCGUAUGUGAGAGCUUGCAAGAUUGGAGGUCGGCAGCAGCAGAGCAGUGGCUCAAAGUCUUGGUUUUAUGCAAGCGAUGGACAAGUCAGAGAAGCCUCUCUGGAAGAAGUGCUGAACUGUGAGGCUUACAUUCUCUUUUAUGAGAGGGUGGGCGACUAAGAUAAAAUCUGUCAGCCUACUCAUCAGUUAGUCAGUUAUCAGUGCAAGAUCACUGGGGGUAAACUUGGGAGGUGAAGACAACUUCUUUUUGUGGGCACGGCCCAAUGAGUUUGCAUACCAAGUCCAUUUGUUCCUUCGAUUGAGUCGCUCCAUGGCCCUAGGUGGCUUCAUUACCAUUCAUUUGCUUGGUCGAAGAGAUUUUCACAAUUGGACUUGGACAGAACUGUUCAUACUCCCCUACAGCCGUUACUUUCUCCUUUAUUCUUCUUUUUGGUCUUGAAGAACAUAGCUGGUGGUCUGGAGAUUGGUCAAAAUUGGCAGGGCUCUGUUGAAUGGUUCAUGGUCAACUUGAAAUUUUUCUUUGGUAUGUGCAUGCCCCUAGAUUUUGAGUGAUGGGGGCACUGUAACAGGUUUAGGAUCCAUCCUGUAGUUGCAACUAUCACAGCUGUUUUCACAACUCAUCACCCGAGAUUUUUUUAAUAUAUAUAAAUAUUCAGAUUCUUUUGUUA